AUGGUGUCUCAAAACGACCUUGUGGAGCGUGUGCUACGCAUGCAGCUGACAAGCCCGGACUUUGCAGAGUACUGUGUGGCACACGUGACGGACCCCAAACACCGGUUUCUCUUCACGCGGGAUGAUGAUAGCGCGGAGCGGCGCCUGUACGUUCAACUGUUGAGGCAGCGAGGCGGCCAGGCGACGGCGGCCGAAGCAACAGCCACCGGAGCCCCGGCCCCCGCGUCAGGAGCGUCGUACACGGCGGUGCAUGGCCGUGUCUCGGCGCUGUGGAUGUCGCUGCUUGAUUACUUUUCCUCGACGAGUGGGGUGCAUGGGCCGCACAUGCCGCACAUGUUCCGCACAGAGACGGACCUUGCCGCCUUUCUGGACAUGCUGGACGGCGCCCAACGCGAUAGUGCCGCAAUCGAGGGUGCCGUGCAGUUCAUGCUACGUCGCCUCCCCAUGACGGAGUCCUUCCUGUACGUCCUGUGCUACCUCUGCGACGAGCGUGUGCACGAGGCACGGGAGAAGAAGCGCCAUUGCGACGAUAUCCGUGUUGCAAACGCGGUAGAUGGCGCCGCAGGGGACAUGGCGUUGCAAGCGGCAGGGACACUGCUGUUUAUCGCCAACAUGCUACUGCUGAGGCACGAGAGACUGGAGUGGCCGGUGCGGUACAUAUCUGUCUUUGAGGUCUACAUGCAGCGGAUGGUGGAGGCGCUGGCAGGGGCGGCGCCGCAGAACUCACCUGUCGCCUCAUUUCUGCGCGAGACGGUGACGGUGUGGUCAGAUGGCGGCAUCUUUGCCGAGAAGACGCUGCUGCACAUGAAGCGAGCUCUCGGGUCCGCGUCGGGAUGA